AUGCAGAUGCAGCUCGAAGCAAGUGCGGAUACGUCAGCGGAGGAGGAGAGCUUCGGGCCACAGCUCAUCUCUCGGUUAGAGCAAUGUGGUAUAAAUGCAAAUGAUGUGAAGAAAUUGGAAGAAGCUGGAUUCCACACGGUUGAGGCUGUUGCUUAUGCACCAAAGAAGGAGCUACUAAAUAUCAAAGGCAUCAGCGAAGCCAAAGCUGACAAAAUCUUGGCUGAAGCAGCUAAACUGGUUCCAAUGGGUUUCACUACAGCAACGGAAUUCCACCAGCGAAGGUCAGAGAUCAUCCAGAUCACCACUGGCUCCAAAGAACUUGAUAAACUACUUCAAGGAGGAAUAGAAACAGGGUCCAUAACAGAGUUAUUUGGGGAGUUUCGUACGGGAAAAACCCAGCUGUGUCAUACCCUGGCGGUAACCUGUCAACUUCCCAUUGACCGGGGUGGUGGCGAAGGCAAAGCCAUGUACAUUGACACAGAAGGGACCUUCCGUCCAGAACGUCUGCUUGCCGUGGCUGAGAGGUAUGGCUUGUCUGGCAGCGAUGUCCUGGAUAACGUGGCGUAUGCUCGAGGUUUUAACACAGAUCAUCAGACCCAGCUCCUCUAUCAGGCAUCUGCUAUGAUGGCCGAAUCGCGAUACGCGCUGCUGAUCGUGGACAGUGCCACGGCCCUUUAUCGGACGGAUUAUUCGGGACGGGGUGAGCUGUCAGCUCGGCAGAUGCAUCUGGCCAGAUUUCUGCGUAUGCUGCUUCGACUGGCAGAUGAGUUUGGCGUGGCGGUUGUGAUCACCAACCAAGUAGUAGCCCAAGUGGAUGGAGCGGCCAUGUUUGCUGCAGAUCCCAAAAAACCCAUUGGGGGAAACAUCAUAGCACAUGCUUCCACCACGAGACUGUACCUGCGGAAAGGCAGGGGUGAGACCAGAAUAUGUAAAAUCUACGACUCCCCUUGCCUUCCGGAGGCUGAAGCAAUGUUUGCCAUUAACGCCGAUGGAGUGGGAGACGCUAAAGACUGA